AUGGCAGACCUCGGCUGUUUCUUGGCCGGCUUGCCUUUGUCCUGCUGCAUUCUGAAUGCCAGUGGUCCCCGCACGAAUACAGAGAAGCAGCUCAUUGAGAUUGCACGAUCUUCGUCGGGGGCUGUGUGCUCCAAGAGUGCUACGCUCAAGCCCAGAGAGGGCAAUGCACAUCCCCGCUACGUAGAACUGCCGUUGGGGGAAAGCAGCAGCAGUGUGAACUCUGAGGGCUUGCCAAAUGCUGGGGUCGGGCUCUACACAGACGCAUCGAUGCUGCAGAGGCUGAAAGAGAAUGCUGCGCCAAGCGGUAAGCCAUACAUCCUGUCAAUAUCUGGACUGUCACUGGAUGAGAACCUGUCCAUGCUGGAUGGGUUGUUGGAGCAUCCUGACGCCAUGCAACAUCUGAACGCGGUGGAGGUGAACGUGGCAUGCCCGAACGUGCCUGGAAAGCCGCUGGUGGGGUAUGACUUUCCGCAACUGUCUCUUGUUGUCGAGAAGAUCGAGAGCCAUGCGAUCUUCUCCGAGCCCUACAAGGUGGCGUUGGGCUUCAAACUCCCUCCAUACUUCGAUGCGCCGUUCUUUGAUGCCGUGGCCGCCAUGCUGAACUCCAAAGCAAAGUCAGCAGGGGGCGCUCUGGGCUAUGUGGUCUGUUGCAACACCGUGGGUGGUGCACUAGCUGUGGAUGUGGACUCGGAGUCCACGCUUCUGCAUCCCAAAGGAGGAUUUGGGGGUAUGGGUGGCCACCACGUCCGCCUCAUAGCCUUGGGAAAUGUCCGACAGUUUCGGGAGCGCUUGGACGCAAGCAUCGACAUCGUCGGAUGUGGAGGUGUUUCAACCGGCGAAGAUGCCUUUGCUCACAUCUUGUGCGGAGCAACGGCCGUUCAGGUUGCCACUCAGCACCGCGUAGAGGGUGCUGGAUGCUUCGCGCGAAUUGCUGCCGAGCUCCAGGCACUCAUGCAGAGGAAAGGCUACCUUCGCUUGGACGACUUCCGCGGCAAGUUGCAAGUUCAGAUCAGCGUGGCCAGCUUGGAAUACCUUGGCAGCAUGGUCAGUGACGAGACAGCUCGCCUGGAGUCGGAAAGGAGGAUCAGCGAUUCGGAGCGGAUCUAUGAUGAGAUCUUGACCACCGAAAAGCUCAACACCGGGGCCAUUCGUGUGGAGAAGGUCUGGGUGAGUCGGGUUCCCAUCCACGUGUUCCGGCACGACGUGCUCUUCACGAUGCAGCAUUACUUGAGACAAUAUCCGUCUUCUGUACAGGACGAUGUUGUGGACGGCCUCGUGAAAGAUCUCCUCGACUACUUCAGGGAAGACAUCAAGGAGAUCCCAGAGCUGCCGGCCCUCAAGAAGGAGUUGCUUAACCGGUCUGACAAGGUUCGGAGGCUCGUUUCUUCCGGGAACCGCAAGCGUCUGGAAUUGGUUCAGGAGUCGAUGCUGGCACUGACAGCCGGACCGCAGCAGGCAGCGCUGCCUGGCAAAGUCGAGGAGAAGGUUGAGACCCUGGCACUUUCGAGGCGUGGAACUGGAAGCAAGUUGGCUGCGAAGAUGCGAAGCAAGUCGAACUUGACCGUGGUUUCAGAAGAUGCGAUGGACAUCGACGGCGACCUCGACGAUGAGGAAGAGUCUCUCGUCGACUCUUCGAAGGACUCCGUCGGACGGUUGUUCCGAGCCCUUGGCCAUCGAAGCUCCGCCGGUGCAGAGGCGUACGCAGUUUUGGCUCGAGGCUUACGUAUCGAAGUGAAGUGUUGUACUCUCGACAACAGCGCCGCCCCGAGCUCAGAUAUUUGCUUAGCCAGUUUGGUCGAAGAAUUGCGUCUAGGCUCAUCGCCGGACAGCGUGCGACUCAGCGACACCGAGAGCUGGCAAGCUGAGAGGAGGACUGGGAAGGCCCCAACCAUCGAGGAGCAAAAGACCAUGCUCAAGACGCUGAUGGGAGAAGGUCUAGUCGAAGCGGACGCCCAGUCGGAUCCUUCCACCGACUUAGUGAGCGAGGCGUCUGACUUGGAGUGCAGCGACAGCCAGAGCGACGAUGAACCACAUGCGUUCUACACAGAGGACACAGUUCUGAUCUUCGAUUGGGACGACACGAUGCUUCCCUCCUCGUGGCUCUCAGAGCAGAGCUUGAGCCUGGACGAGGCAUCUCACAUCUCAUCAGAGCAAGAGGCACAGCUUGCUGUCUUGGCACAGACUGCUGCCAAGACCCUCCGCGUGGCCAAGCGCUACGGGAAGGUGGUUCUCGUCACCAACGCAGAAUGCGGCUGGAUUGAGCUGAGCUGUCAAAAGUUCAUGCCAUCACUCUAUCCGCAUUUGGAGGAUGUGACUCUGUUUUCAGCGCGAUCAACCUACGAGAACCAAGGUAUGGCUGCACCCUUCCAGUGGAAAUACCUUGCUUUCGAGACCGAAAUCUGCAGCUACUACGAGUCCCUGACAUCGGAUCGCCUCAAAAAUGUCAUUUCCUUUGGCGACUCCUUUCAUGAGCGGGAGGCUGUCAUACGCGUUACCGAGCGUUUGAAGCCUGGCACCCGGAUGCUGCGGGGCCGGUAUGUAGCACGGGCUUGUUUUUCGCUCCGUCUUUGA